AGCAUGUUUCUGCAUGCUGAUUGGACCAACGACAGCGCACAGUCUGCUGGUCCUGCUGGAACUUUCUAUACGGGACUGUUAGCUACAGACGUCUUCUCUGUGCGGUAAGCGGUCCCGUUUUACUUCAAAGCUCUAUCUGUAAACCGAUAAUAUUUUAGUAUUUCACCAAGGCAAACAUCAUUUGUUCACAUUUCUAAAGCCGUGCAGUGACGGUACUUAAGCUUAGAUACGGUGCUAACAGGUUUGUGAUCGGUUACGUUAUAUUCUGCUGCAGACGGUCGAUGUUAGCUUAACGUGCUGUAUAUCUGUGGCGCCAACACAUUUGUUUUCUCGUCAGAGACAGAAAAUUUGUGGAAAACUGAACAGGUUAAAAGUGCUGUAACUUUUGGGACUUUUACUGUGAACUUUAUCUGCGCACACCUGAAAGUUACAACUCAGCUGUGGAUCUUCAAACCGAAGACAGACAAGACACCAAAGGCAUAAAGAAAUGUCUGGCUCAAAGAAAACAUUUCUUCGGACUGCAGUCAAUGAAGUCCUACCUGACCUUCCAGAGAUGUCAAAAGAUAUUUUAGAAGAACAUUUGCAGUCUCUUGGGGUGGACACUGAUGAAGACCUUCAGUUUAUUGAGGAAGCUGAUUUAUUAACUGUUCUGAGACCAAUUCAAGCCAGAAAAGUUCUUGCGGCUUGGAAACUGAAAUGUAAAACUCUGGAAGAUUGCAGCUUUUCCACACCUGCUGCACCAGAAGCUGUGCUACCAAUGAUGUCACGUUCACCUGGAAGUUCCUCCUCAACCUCCUCCAACAGCUGCCAGAGUCCUGAGGUAGAUUGGGUGACAACCUUUGUGGUACCAUGGGACAAAUUACCAGAAGAACUGAUGCAGCUGCUCGAAAGAGGAAAACGGCCAAACCCUCGAUUAAGAAGAGAGAUGAUUCGGAUUGUUGCUAAUGAGAUGAUGCGCAAAAGCUCUCGCAUUAGCAAAAGCAAUUCUACUGAAGUUGCUAAACAGAUGGUGGCAAAAUACCCCAGUUCCUUGCAAGAUGUGAUUGAAGGAGAUGUGAUUGGAGCAGGCUACCAUUCUUUGGUCAAACAGUUACAAAACAGGAUUGAAAACAUGAAGCGAUCUUCAACACCAAAAAUAAGAAAACGAAAGACAUUUAUUGAGUCUGACACCGAUGAAGUCUCUUCAGAACAACGCGCAGAAGUCCAAGACACUUAUGGAUGCACCAAAUGGGAUGUCAAAUUUCUGCCACUUGGAGAGACCACUGAAAGUCAACUGGCGAAGAAAGAGAAGUUAAAGAAACUUUUGCAGGAGUGUGGUGCAAAUCCUGAUGAGAUGAAACAUCUAAUGGAGAUGACCUUCUACACACAACGUAAAGAAGUAAAUCAUGGCAAAGCAAUAAAAUCCCUUCUGGAUGAAUGGCCAUUUUGGUUUGAAGAACAAGGCAUGGCAGUCCAUUUCAAGGAGUUGACUGGACUUGACCUGAAACAAACUUUCUUGAGAAAUCUGGACUUGAAGGGCAAGCGUCUCCUGAUCUACUUCAAUACCGAGUGUGUGAAGAAAAGCAAGACAUUCCAACAAGCUUUACUAAAGUUCAAAGUGAUGCGGGGUCAACAAGGGGAUUGUUCUGCAGAUGUCAUGGAGAUGGUGCUUCUUCUGCUGUCCUACUUUAAUGAGAAGGAGGAAGCAAUGUUCUGCCAUGUGGAUGAUGUGUGCCUUCCAGAAGAAGUGAAGGCAGAUGAACUGAAUUUAACACCAACCAUUGUAGUAUGUGGGCGUUCCUGCUUUUCUGCAGGAAAGUUCAUGCUGAGUCUGGAUCGAAACCUUGUGCAGGCCAACAUUACUUCAUUCAUCUCUGCACUAUGCAUGAUGUUUGCAAGAUGCUUUUUCUCCAUCAAUCCGGAAAGGGGGACCAAAGUGGAGAAGAGAGCAAAGUCUCGUCUCAGCGUGAACCCAAGAGUCCUGACCUUGAUCCAGGAACUGUCAGAUUUCGAAUGGCGAGACAUGUAAACAGUGUGAGAUCAUUGGAUCCACAGGUUUUUUUUUGUUCUUUGUUAUCCAAAAAAGAAAAUCAUUUGAAUAUACAUUUGUUUUAGGUGCAGUUUCUGUUUUUGGUUGUUUUAUAGCAGUUUACCAUCUACAAAAUUUGCUAUGUGUUUUAAGGCAAAGGUUGAGUUAAAUAAAUUUGUGGAAAGACA